UGUUGACAUUCAAAUGGAUCGGAUAGAUGGAUUGGAACAAAAUGAAGUUAAUCAACAAAAUACUAGUCAACAAAUACAUUCUUCUAAUAAUGAACAAAUAUUGGAAAAUGAAGAUUAUCAAACAAAAAGAGGACAAGAACAACAGAAUUCAACAGACGGUCAGUUAAUUGAGACUAGAUCUGGUCAUUUAGACAAUCAAAAAGAAGGAAUUGAUAAACAAAAUGAAGAUAAUUUACAAGAAAAAAUUAAUGAUCAAACAAGUAAUAUAAGAUCUCUAUUUUAUAUAUAA